CUGCACUACGGGACCCUCAUGGGCAGCAGAGCUUGUGUCAAAAUGGCAGCAGCUGCCUGGGGCACUGGUUUUCUCUAUGCUGUACUGCACACUGGGAACACAUUUUCAAUACCACUCUGCCAAGGCAACACAGUGGACCAGUUCUUCUGUGAAGUUCCCCAGAUCCUCAAGCUCUCCUGCUCAGACUCCUACCUCAGGGAACUUGGGCUUCUUGUGGUUAGUAUCUGUUUAGGCUUUGGGUGUUUCAUUUUCAUUGUGGUGUCCUAUGUGCAGAUCUUCACUGCUGUGCUGAGGAUCCCCUCUGAGCAGGGCCGGCACAAAGCCUUUUCCAUGUGCCUCCCGCACCUGGCUGUGGUCUCCCUGUUCAUCAGCACUGAAAUGAUUGCCUACCUGAAGCCCCCCUCCCUCUCCUCCCCAGCUCUGGAUCUGGUGCUGGCUGUUCUGUACACGGUGGUGCCUCCAGCAGUGAACCCCCUCAUCUACAGCAUGAGGAACAAGGAGCUCAAGGAUGCCUUGAGGAAACUGAUGCAAUGGGUAUGA